AUGUCAGCCAGAAAGGGCUAUCUUCAUCCUCCGUCAAAUUAUACCACAACGAUGACAUGCCCCAACAACCAAGCUGGAAAUUCGUUUUUCGUGGACUCCUUAAUCAACGUGAGAACCGACAGUGGUUCAUAUUACCAGAGUAACGGCGUGUAUUUGCCACCGGCGCCGGAAUAUUCAUAUGGACUCUCCGGUGGCUCUUGUUUCCCGGGGAUCGGUAAGCGCAACGAGCCAAGCACCCAGAGCGUGAUCCCUUCUUCUGCUCCGUAUGUUCAAGGAAUGGAAACGUGGCUGGAAACGUCGAGAUCCUGCCGGGUGGAUCAGCCCAGCGGCCAGCACAUGGCUCAGUGUUCCUUCUCGCCGAGUAUAAAGGAGGAGGGCGCAUAUUGCCUUUAUGAGUCUGACAAAUGUCCUAAAGGAGCGACAGUAGAUGACAUUUCCUACUCCACCGCAUCAUGCCCGGUGACCGGCAGCACCGUGCCAGUCCCCGGCUACUUCCGCCUGUCUCAGACAUACACAACCUCCAGGCUUUACCAUGAUGUCCAGCCAAACAUGAAUCACUUUACCCUGCAGCGACCUGCCCGCUUGGACAGCCAGUCCUCCCAGCCGCCGGCUGCCUCUGCGGAGCCCGAGCGGAGGGAGAGCCACGAGGAGGCGCCUCUCCCUGCGCCCUGCGCCCCGGCCAGAGAGGAGGACAGCCGCCUCUCCUCGGAAAGCUCAUCCUCCCCCGAGCCCGCUGAGACGUGCAGUGCAGCGGAAUGUCCAGAAAAGCCCGUCAAAGGAGAUGGAAAAAUGGAAAGUACGGCUAAUUGGCUCACAGCUAAGAGUGGCCGAAAGAAGCGCUGCCCCUACACCAAGCACCAGACUCUGGAGCUGGAGAAGGAGUUUCUCUUCAACAUGUACUUGACUAGAGAGCGUCGUCUGGAGAUCAGCCGCAGUGUGCACCUCACUGACAGGCAAGUCAAAAUCUGGUUCCAAAACAGGAGGAUGAAACUGAAAAAAAUGAGCCGGGAGAAUAGGAUCCGAGAGCUAUCCACCAACUUCAGUUUCUCAUGA